AUGUCGAAGGCGGAACCCACGCGGGCACAGCUGUCGUCGAGGUUGUCCUACCAGGCCAAGGUGCCCGCCUUCCUGGCACGAAUGAAGGGACUGGGAGGCGGCGGGCGAGGUGAUGAUAAAUACGACGACGACGAGUUCGAGGACGACGGUUCUGGACGCCCUCCGAUUCCCCGCCGACCGGCCAUCCCGACACGCCCAGACGACGAGCAGGGGAGUGCGGACGAAGACGACGGGGACGAGACGCCACAGAUUGUGGUUCUGAAGGAAGGGAAGCAUCUCUCGCGGCGGGAGGUCGAGAAUGAGAAGCGUAAAGCCAAGGGAUUGCCUCCGCUGCCUGAACACGAUGAAAAGGACGAGAAGACCAAGGAAGAAAAGCCGAAGCAGAAGGAUGCGACCAACGCUAUAACGCAGGGCCUGUCAUUCUCUUCUGGAGGUGCGAAGGGCAAGGGCACCAAACGCAAAGCGGUGGGCGAUGGGCGUGAUGAAGCGGUCAAACCAGAAUCCUCGAAGGGUGGCAAGAAGAAGUCAAAGAAGCAGGACAAGAAACUACUCUCGUUUGACGAAGACGCAUGA